UUGUAUCCGACAGUCCAUGAAUGUAGCAUGUCUCCGCGCACCAUGACCCGGAUGAAGUUCCGUUCAACUUUAUAUCCCACAAGCCCUUUCUUCAACUUCCUCUUUCUACACCGCAGCGAUGUCCAAGAGAGGACGUGGAGGUUCAUCUGGAGCCAAGUUCCGCAUCUCACUGGGUCUCCCAGUGGGAGCGGUCAUCAACUGCGCUGACAACACAGGUGCAAAGAAUCUGUACAUCAUCUCUGUGAAGGGCAUCAAGGGACGUCUGAACCGUCUGCCUGCUGCAGGAGUGGGUGACAUGGUCAUGGCCACAGUCAAGAAAGGCAAGCCUGAGCUCAGGAAGAAGGUGCAUCCUGCAGUGGUGAUACGGCAGCGCAAGUCAUAUCGGCGAAAAGAUGGUGUGUUUCUGUACUUUGAAGACAAUGCAGGUGUCAUAGUAAACAACAAAGGAGAAAUGAAAGGUUCAGCCAUCACAGGCCCAGUGGCCAAAGAGUGUGCAGACCUUUGGCCCAGGAUUGCCUCCAACGCUGGCAGCAUAGCCUGAACUGGACCCUGCAACUCAUGUUCAUUUUCAAUAAAAACUUGGUGAUCCAGCCUCA